AUGCCUGAUGAAAUUUUGACACGAAUUAUAGAUCACUUGAACUAUCUAGAUGUACUUGACCUCAGUCUUGUAAACUCAAGAUUACACGUCUCAUGCAUGAAUAAAUUAAACAAGUUGGUAUUAUGUUUUAAACUACAGCAUUAUGCCAUCAUUCUUCGGAAAUGGAAUACAGUUACACAUAAAAAUUUCACAAUUGUAAAAGAAUCAUCAUUAAGCCCAGAUAAAUUAAAGGAAUUACUUGGAGUUUGGAACCUUCAACUUGUCAGAUUUGGUUUGAGCACAACAACUUUUUUAACCGGCUUGUCUACCAGUCCCAAGAAUAUUGCACAAGGAAUUGAGCAAGAUAUUAGGAACUUGGUAUACUGGAUAAAAGAAAGUUACAUCAGUAUCCAAGACUACAGUAUUUCACAUUCUACAAUUAUCUGUUCUUGA